AUGGCCUCAAAGGACACAGCAUCUACGGUUACGGGGUUUGCCAGCGUCAGUCGGGAAAUCACAGAGAGCAUCAGGAAGGUGCUGGAUAAGCAACCCAUUAAAUUUGUGCGAGCCAUCAAGCAGGACACGAGGAGCGGCAAGUCGGAAGACAGGAUUCUGGUCCUGGCGACAUGGCGACUGUAUCUCUUCGCUGUCAAAGUGCCCACCAAGCUGGAGAUCACUUUCAACUUCUUGGAAAUCCGGGCAAUGAACACAUACCCAGAAUACCAGGUUGUCAUCGACACAGACAAAACCACCUACUCUUUGAGACUGCAGGCGCAGGAGCAGCUGGAUCACAUGGUCAACCACAUCAACUACGCCCUCUCCAGAGUCUUCAACAACUCCAUCUAUGCUCCCCCUAUUUGCCGAGCGGAGGAAGAGCUGCUUGACGGAAACCAGAAAUGUUCUCCAAAUUCGGAAUCGUCGCUGGACCCUCAGAAAACCUGCGGUGGUUUUUCAGAGACAUAUGCAGCACUUUGCGACUAUAACGGGAUCAGUUGCAAAGAAGAAGUGCAGUGGGAUGUUGACACCAUCUACCAUUCUCAAGACAACAGAGAGUUCAACCUGCAGGACUUCAGUCACCUCGACAGCAGAGACUUGGCUGUUAUUGUGGCAUCCAUUGCAUACAACACCUGGUUCACCAAGCUCCAGUGCAAAGAUAUGCGAAUAGGGUCCGAGGUUGUGGAUCAAGUUCUCCACACAAUCAGCAAAUCCAACUGUCUGGAGGAGAUCACACUGGAGAACGCUGGCCUCAAGACGGAUUUUCCACAGAAGAUGGCGUCUGCGCUGUCAGAGAACCCGGCCUCAGUGAUCCACUCUCUGAACCUGGCUCAUAACACGCUCGACAACCAAGGGGUCUCCAAUCUAAUUCAACAAGUGUGUCGCCUGAACAAGGGGCUACGGCUGCUGAAUCUGUCAAAGACCACGCUCUCAUCUAAAGGAGUGGUUUCCUUGUCCCAGGCUUUGUGCUCCAGUGACGACUACUCAAAUUCACUUCUUCAUCUGGACUUAAGCAAAAACCCUGGGGUGCUAUCGGGAGAUGAUGCUACAAAUCUCUACUUGUUCCUGGCUCAGCCCAACUGCCUGGUUCAUUUGGACCUGUCGGGAACAGACUGCACUGUGGACUCGCUGUUCGGGGCGCUGCUGCGUGGCUGCUGUGCCGACCUCUCCUACUUAAACUUGUCUAAGAACACCUUCGCUCACAGGAAAGUUCGAGACUCGUUGCCAACUUUCCGUCAGUUCUUCAGCUCGGCGUUCAGUCUGACCCACGUGAGCCUGGCCUCCAUGAAAGUCCCGCCUGAUUCGCUGCGGGCUUUGUUCUUGGGCCUGUCCAAUAACCCCCAUAUCGCUGAUUUACACCUGGACAUCAGCAGCUGUGAGCUGCGGUCGGCCGGAGCGGCAGUCAUUCAGGAGCUGUUUCCUCGAGUCUCCUGUGUGGCCACGUUAGACAUUUCGGAUAAUGGUUUGGAUGCAGACCUGUUGGCGGUGGUCCCUGCGUUCUCUCACCAUCCCAGCCUCAAACACCUGAUGUUGGGGAAGAACUUUAACAUCAAGGGCAGGCUGCUGGAUGAGAUACUGCAGAAACUAGUUCAUCUGGUGCAAGAGGAAGACUGUGCCCUCCAGUCUCUGUCGCUGGCAGACUCUCGUCUGCGUCAGAAAGGCACGAUGCUGGUUAACGCCCUGGGCUCCAAUGCCUGCCUGAGGAAAGUGGACCUUAGUGGGAACAGUCUGGAGGACACAGGCGCCAAGAUGCUCAGCAAGGCCCUGCAGAUCAACACCACUCUCAGGAGCGUGACGUGGGAUCGCAACAACACCACGGCGACCGGUUUCCAGGACGUGGCACGAGCGAUGGAGCAUAAUUUUACCCUGCAGUACAUGCCCCUCCCACUCAGCGACAUCUCUCAAGCGUACCGCAGCGCCCCCGAGAAAACUGAGCAAGCUCUGACCAAGAUCCAGCGCGCUCUGCUAAGGAACAACCAAACUCAGCGCUUCUCCCAGAAACAAGCCCUGAGACUGCACCAGGGCCUCGUCACCAGCACAGCCGAGCAGGUGAUGGAGCGAUUGUGCCAGCGGGUGCAGCAGCAGGUGUGUGUUCUCAAAGGCUGCGAGGAGACCGAGGACGUCCAGACCGCCAGACAGGUCCUGAAAGAGGCGCGCAACUCAAGAGCCCUGUACCCCUCCCUGUGUGAGCUGGCACAUGUUCUGUCUGUGGACGGCCCGGUCAGACAGAGACUGGACACACUGGCUGGAGAGCUGGCCAAGGCUGCUGACAAAGAGCUGCAGGUCGUUGUGGACUCCAUGGUCUCUCUGUGCCGUGAGUUGUGUCCGUUGUCGUGUGCGGCCGCGGAGAGACUCAGCCCCCCCCUGUCCUCCAUCUCUGAACAAGUGUCCAUUCCCCGCUCCUCCAUUCGCAACGCCCUGAUGGAGAGGGCAGCGGAGGACAUCAACAAGGCCCUGGAGGAAGUGAAGUUGUCCGUGGUCUCCUAUCUGACAAACUCAAUAGUGGACCAGAUACUUCAAGAACUUUAUACCAGUCAUAAAACCCUGCUGCGGCAGGUGUCACAAGUCAAACGCUGGGACGAUGCGGGCUCAGGCAGGCGCACCGUCAGACAGUCCCGGGCUGUAGAGGCUUUGGACUUCCCCGACGAGGACUUCGGAGGAGGCCUGGGAAUAGACACUAUGGCGAUCAAGAAACGCAGUUCAAGGACUAGAAGAAUUCGACCGGUAUCUACCAGACUGAGUUUAGGUGAUGACCCCAGCUCCUCGCCCGUUCCCUCGGUUCCAGCCGUUCCGAACGCUGCUGCUCUGUCUCACUCUGCGUCCUGGGAGUGUCUGUCCACUCUUCCCACUAAUGGAUCACCUUUACGGCAUGUGACCCACGUCAGGCCACGCCCCCCACGCCGCCACCGAGCCGAACACAUCCAUUCUGACCUGCACUCCUCGGAGAACGGGGGAGUUAAUAUGCUGGAGGAUGGACUGCCAGAUUUCUACAGCAAGAGAGUUCUACCCGACAGUCAGCUGUCAGACCUUCAUCACACGCAGUCACUGAGGAGGAAAAAGCGCCGCAGCGUCUUGUCCAUAUUUUCAGGCUUUCGCAAGAAUCGCAACUCCACCAUCUCUAAUCAGGACUCAGACGGGGUCUGUGAGAAUGUCUACUCCAUGAUCCAGCAUCCUAAGGACAUGGGAAGAGCUGAGGGGACAUUUCCAGGAGAAAAUGGCACCAUGUCGUCGCCCCGGUCCACACAGGGAAUACCCACACAUGGGAUAAGGACAGCCAGCCCACCAUGCCUCAUGCAAAGACAGCCCACUGACUUGGUCAGCAUGGUGUACAGCUGCAUCGGAGCUGAAAUCGAGGACUCGGACGGCAGCAGCACCUGUGACACCAAACCUUCAGACCCCGAUGUGGGCCGGUCCCCCACUGUGUCUGAUCCCUCUGUGGACGGCAGGACCAAUGGCCACGCAGGAUUGUCUCUGCAGCCGGACAGACACGUGGAGCCGGGACGACAAGAGAGGAUCGUCCCUCUCACUGAUGUCUACUCAGAGCUGGACGAGGACGGGAAGAGCAGUGUCUCAAGUGUCCCGAGAACAGAGCCUCCUGCUCAGAGCAACAAACACAGUCUGUCUGUGAUGAGACAGAGACACCUGCAGGAGAGUUUAGAAGAGGCAGGUCGACUUGAAUUAGAAGAAGAGCAAAGUGAUAGAAAGCAGAGAGGCUGUGGACCAGAAGGGCAACAUCCCAUUACUCUAACCCAAACCAGCGAUCAAUCACGAGACAAAUCCUCCUCGGAAGUGUCCUCAUCCAAAAGUUCCCCAGCGAGUCCUUGCGAAGAAACAAUCCCUGACCAAAGAAAUCUGUCCCAGUUGCAAGAGGAGCGAGCCGAAAGCAGAAGUCCCCCUGCACCGGACAGAGCGAGCCCCGGAGUCAUUCAAGAAGAAGGAGAGGUCCAUAGCGGAAAGCCAGUCCCAUUCCAUCACACCAGGAAGUCCAACUCAUUUGACAUAGGCAUAGAGCACGACAGCCCCUAUCUGCAGAGGUCCUCAGAUCGCAGAUACCUUGUGAAAAACCCCCGCUUCCCCCAGUACAGAAACAGAUCUCUGGACCACCCCCCAGGGCCCCAGUGUUAUGAAAGUCCCCAACACAGUGACGCUUUAUGA